AUCUUUCUCUCGUUUUGCGACAAACAACUUGCUGCACCACCCGUCUCAGCAGACACCACCGGAGCUAUCAAGUAACGUGUAUCAACAAUUCCAUUCGGUCGCUCUUUUUCUGGCCAUCCGUCACAAGCUGCACGCGAUCGCUCAGUAGCGCGGGGCAUAGCUCUUUGGCCGGAGUACUUCCAGAGUAUGACGACUUUGCGCGCUUAGUAACCCAACACCCCCGAAAUCGUCCUCUCUUGCUCCUCUCCCACGAUCGCAAUUCAGAGGGCUAUAUUCCAGCAUCAAUCCGGAUCCUCCGCAGACCCCACCUGCCCCAGAAUCGAGCAAAAGCGGCCCUGUGACGAAGUGAAGCUUGUCCGAUUUCGUCGAUCACGUAUCUUUCCCUAGUUGAUCCUCCACACCACCCACCAGCCCAUCAUGGCGUCGCCGGCCUCAGAGCAGCCGCCGCAAUCCGUUCGCUUCAGCGAUGUCAAUGAAGAAAUUGAGCCCGAGGGCGCCCUCCAGCAUGUGACUGGCCUCACUGGCGCUGGGGAGACAGCGUCGAAAGAGCCAUUGAGCCCUCAGGCCGAGCAGGAGCUACGCAAUCUGUCUUCGACAUUGCAGCAGUCUCGCGUCCAGGCUAAGCGCAUGGAGAACUUCUCUUUUGAGCCAGUCUCCCUGCCGCCCUCACGAGCACCAUCUCCCUCACCUGCUUCCCGCACGCCUUCUGGACAAUCCUCCGCACACCGCUCCUCAGUCACUCAAGCCAUACAAUCACCGCCCUUGACGCCCGCCGGCACCUCGUCUCGCGAUGAAAGACCUACCAGUGGGGUUGAUCACAGAAAGCGACCGAGCGACCCCGCCAUGAUGACUCCCCAGAUCUCUCCUCCACAUGAGCCUCCACCAACCUCGAUGGACUCGUCUGUCAACCAGAAUGUAGCAGCUCCAAGCUCCCCACAGCCAGCGCCACGAACUCGACCAUCGUCAGUAGUCGAACCGGAUGUGGUACAACCCCACCCCAGGCAUGGACCGUCGUUUGCAGUUGGUCCAACUGGUGAUUCUUUGCCAGCUUCAAGAGAUGCCAGCCCUUCCGGAUCGGGUGGAGAGCAGACUCCCGGAUAUCACUCUCCCGGCACAUCCACACCAACCUCAAUAAACCGACCAUUCACACCUCAAGGUGAUCAACACGACCCGUACUCGCGCUCGAAACGGGUGCCCCAACCAAAGAACCUCGAUGGACUGGAUGCGCGCUUCAUCUUUGGUGGCCGUGAUGGCCGCAGUCGCCGAAACCAGUCUGCAUCCUCCUCCACUUCCACAUUACCCAGGUCUAAGGGCACAGCUUCAGACAAGGAGGAUGGUGCCAGCAGCAGAGCAAGUAUCUUUGGAGGCAGUGGACGACCUGGUAGCCGAUACAGUUCGGACACAGAGACUGAUUCGAAGCCUCACAAGCAUGGACACGACUCUAUGUCUAACUUGAAGCGAUUCUUCAAGAUUGGACACAAGCACAAGGACAAGGACAAGGACAAGGACAAGGAUAAGGAUAAGGAGAAGCACAAGAACCCGGCGCCGGUCAUCAAGCGCGAGAAGCCUGCUAGGUCCAGCAAAGCAGGUGUUAUGACACCACCCAUGACUAACGGAAUGGCCAGUGUUCCAUUUGCUGAUGACCAUGGCCUCGAGAGCAAGUACGGCAAAUUCGGAAAGGUCCUCGGUUCCGGUGCUGGAGGCUCCGUUCGAUUGAUGAAGCGUAGCAGUGACGGCGUGACAUUCGCUGUGAAGCAGUUCCGUGCCAGACAUUCGUACGAAUCAGAACGUGACUACAACAAGAAGGUCACCGCCGAGUUCUGUAUCGGUUCCACCCUUCACCACGGCAACAUCAUUGAGACCAUGGACUUGGUAAACGAGAAGGGCAACUACUAUGUCGUGAUGGAGUAUGCACCAUUCGACCUCUUCGCCAUCGUCAUGACAGGCAAGAUGAGUCGCGAAGAGAUGACCUGCUGCACCCUUCAGAUUCUGAACGGUGUAAACUACCUGCAUAGCAUGGGCUUGGCCCAUCGAGAUCUGAAAUUGGAUAACGUCGUGGUCAACGAGCACGGCAUCAUGAAGAUCAUUGACUUUGGAAGUGCAGCGGUUUUUAGGUAUCCGUUCGAGAACGAUGUUGUCCUUGCAAGUGGCAUUGUUGGCUCGGACCCUUAUCUGGCUCCUGAAGUUUACGACCUCUCUAAGUACGAUCCACAACCCACGGACAUUUGGUCGUUGGCCAUCAUCUUCUGCUGCAUGACAUUGCGUCGUUUCCCAUGGAAGGCACCCCGAAUUUCGGACAACUCAUACAAGCUCUUCGUCUCUCCACCUAAUGAUGGCCCGAGGACUAUCACUGGUCCUUCCAAAUCCUCUGCCGAUCUUCAGCAUUCUGCUGACGAUCACCGAGCUGGUAUCCAGUCUGCGCCAGCUUCACGUCACCCUUCUGUUGAUGGCCAGCAAUCAAACGGCUCCUCAGCAAUAGCAGCCAUCAACCAAAGUCAGCAACAACCCCAAGUUAUUAAGGGACCCUGGCGCCUACUGCGUCUAUUACCGAGGGAGAGCAGGCACAUCAUCGGCAGAAUGCUCGAGGUCGACCCGAAGAAGCGUGCUACACUUGAAGAGAUUAUGAACGACAAAUGGGUUCAGAACAGCCAGGUGUGCUCGCAAGAAGAGGCUGGCAGAGUGCUUCGGUGCGACAACCAUGAUCACACGCUUGAGCCCGGUGCUGGUGCAUCUGCUCCCAACACACAACAAAAGAAGUGAGCUUCAAGCACACAAUAUCUUUACCUGCUCCAAUCACUGUCAUCUGAUGAUUGACGUCGAUACAGUGCGUUGCAAAAAUUUAUCGCUUUCGCGAGUACCCAGAGGCGACAGUUUUCAUAGCCUACGUUUUGCGCUACGACCACAUGAGGAGUUUUCGACAUAUAGCAGACCGGCGUUAUUUUGUGAUUUCGUGCAGUUUGGUUAUGAUAGACCGGUGGGCGGCUUCUCGUUGUUCAGCAAAACGAACUAUCCCUACUUCUCGUAAUGUACUUUGAAUUCAUGCUCGUGAGCGAGCUGUUGUUGAUAGGAAGGGUGCAGUCAGGGCAGACACCCGACGUUUGGCUUCAAAGCCUAAAAAAUGAAACAUUGACACUUG